UGCGUUUGUUGUUUACGUUUUGUUUUGUUGCGGGACUGAAUUGGGUCUGGCGCUCUGCAAAGUCACAUCCGUUGUUUGUCUGCCCGCCAGCGUUUGCUGUGUUCCCAGUUUGCACGUUCUGUUGUUCGGUUGUCAUCUCGGCAUUGACCCUUAAUCGCGAUUGAGAAAGGUGAACCGAGCUCUUUCUCUCUGAAAUUUUACAAUCAGGUGGAUUCAUUACGAAACUUCUAUCAAGAUGUAUGUCAUGGAAUGGAGGAAAUUGAAGUGUACAGUUUGAAGCAGAAUACAGGGACUGAGAGUGGGUCAUCAGGCAGUCUCCCUAUGUCAGGCCGAAACGGGUCUGCAAGUGAUGCAGACUGCCGGAUCUCAGAGGACUGCCAUGUCCCGGAUGUGGAACUAAUGGAAUUGGGGCCGCUGCUGGAGGAGGGAGGGGUUCGCCCGCCGGCCUCCAAAGGUGUCCAUCCAGAGGGAGCAGCCAUGCUUGCGGAUGAGGAGGAGGAUGAUGAUGAUGAUGAGGUGGGAGAGGUUCUGACUUUACCACUCCAGGCGCACCAUGCCAUGGAAAAGAUGGAAGAAUUUGUACAUAAAGUUUGGGAGGGGCGCUGGAGAGUCAUUCCCUUCCAUGUCCUGCCAGAGUGGCUGAAGGACAACGAUUACCUCCUGCAUGGACAUCGCCCCCCCAUGCCGUCAUUCCGGGCCUGCUUUGGAAGCAUCUUCCGAAUUCACACAGAGACCGGAAACAUUUGGACUCAUCUGUUAGGGCUGAUUUUAUUCCUGUGUCUGGGCACGUUAACCAUGUUGCGACCCAACAUGUAUUUCAUGGCUCCGCUUCAAGAGAAAGUGGUGUUUGGGAUGUUCUUCCUGGGAGCUGUGCUCUGCCUCAGUUUCUCCUGGCUUUUUCAUACCGUCUACUGCCACUCCGAGAAAGUGUCUCGCACCUUCUCCAAGCUUGACUACUCAGGCAUCGCGCUCCUCAUCAUGGGUUCCUUCGUGCCCUGGCUGUACUACUCCUUCUAUUGUUCUCCUCAGCCGCGACUUAUCUACCUCACCAUUGUUUGUGUACUCGGCAUUGCCGCCAUUAUAGUGGCCCAGUGGGACCGCUUCUCCACACCUCGACACAGACCCACCAGAGCAGGUGUGUUUAUGGGUCUGGGACUUAGUGGCAUUGUUCCCACCAUGCACUUCACCAUUGAGGAGGGCUUCGUUAAGGCCACCACUGUUGGCCAGAUGGGUUGGUUUUACCUGAUGGGGGCCAUGUAUAUUACUGGUGCUGGUCUUUAUGCAGCCAGGAUACCCGAACGCUAUUUUCCUGGCAAGUGUGACAUAUGGUUCCACUCCCAUCAGAUUUUUCAUGUUCUGGUCGUGGCAGCAGCCUUCAUCCAUUUCUACGGCGUUUCCAACCUGCAGGAGUUCCGCUAUGGCCUGGAGGGAGGAUGCACAGAUGACACUCUACUCUGAGCGGCCUAACUGUGACUUGUUUUCUGAAUAGCCCCCCACAAACACCACAUGCACACAUUCAUGCACACACAAAAACAGUACAAAUGCUGCUGGAAUUCCUUAUAGUCACUUAUUGCUCGUUAUUUACUUCUGGUUUGCUCAAAUGGUGGUGAGGGCUUCGGAGGGCUUUGGUUUCUGCUUGGGCUUAUCUUUGCUCGAAAGAAGUAGCAUUAACUAGCCAAACAAGCACCUGAGGGGAAUCGUCCACAGUCACUACUUUUUCAAGAAUGAAACUUGAAAUUUGCAUCUAAAGUAAGAUCGAUUUAUUGGAAAGAGUACCUCCCUCUUACUGAUGGUCACUAACCUGUUGGUCUCAGAUUUUCGGCAUGUGGCAAAUGGUAAGAAGAGUAUUAUUAAAAAGUACUGUAGCAGUGGGAGCACAUUAUAAAUCAAUCAUUCUCUCCCACGUGGUCUGUCCAGGCCUGAGGAAGAAUGUACUGUCAAGUUGUUUCGGUGCAGAACAACAAUCCAGGUCAAUGUAGAAACAGAGACAUCCGUGUAUUUGAAUGAGUAUAAAAUGUUACAUUUAGUAUGGAUGGAUGUUGCCAGACGUUUACUAUGCUAACAAUUAUUGUUCAACUAUUGGUUGAAAUACGGCGGACUACCACAGAGUGUAAGACUCUGAAAGCCGAGGGUAAUGUACCAAAAUCUAUUUGCCUGGUAUUUGAACAGAGAGAAGUUCAUCACACCAUUUCCUAUAUUACAUGAUUUUUUUUUUUUUCAGAGUUAACUUUCAUUUGAUACGUAACUUUAUCUGAGAAAAGGUCCCAAAACCAACUUGUUUCACAUCAGAGAAAAGAUUUGCAGCAGUUGUGCAAAAAGAAAGACCGGAUGGAAACUUGUAAAUGUAAAGAAGUUCCUAGCUGUUAUUUUCCAGGCAAUACAUCCUUUCUUUUCUCAUGUGUAGAUUUUGGUCCAAGGCUACGCACAAUGUACAGACGUGGAGGGUCAAGUUGUGUUUUUGUCAGUUGCGAGCUUCCUUUUGUGUUCAAUUUCAGAUGCAAUCUGAGGUGUAAAUAGCAAAUGCGCCUCUUCCGUAUUCUUCAAUUCAAAACUUUUAAUUAACAAAUGGGGUUUUAAACGUUACGUGUGAUUGGUACAAAACUUUAGUGUUCCUGUGCCUUAGGCCAAUGGAAAUGUUUUAAACAAAAUGGCCUAUCUGAACAGUCAAGGGAUCCACAGUGAUUUCCAGAUGUAGACUCAUCUUGAUUUCCUUGCCAUAUACAAUCAAAACAAAUCAUUGAACUACAGCCCCACGGACCGGUUGUAUCAACUGCUGUUUAAGACUACUUUUUUCUAGAUCAACUUAAGCUUUAUUACAGACUAAAAGGUGUUUCUCGACUUUGUGUUAUGUCUUGUGUAGAAAGUGAGAAAUCAUACAUUUCAUUGAAAUGUAGACAUAACUAUUUAUUAAUCGUAAUCUUGGGGGAAAAUACUGUAAUAAAUUUUUUUUCCACAUGUA